CCCAGGCUGUAAACAGGAAGUGGAAUUCUAUUUGGGAGUUGACGUUGGGGUGAAAAAAGGCCACGGACAUGAGGGAGACGCGCCCACUCCGCUGGUGAGUACGUUUUCGGGGAGCUCGGGCCCAGUCUCCACUUUUGUGCCUCCCUCGCCCGCUCCGGCUCCGGUUCACGUGUUUUGCCACGACCAUGGCCGAAUACUCCUAUGUGAAGUCCACCAAACUCGUGCUCAAGGGAACCAAGGCCAAGAGUAAGAAGAAAAAGAGCAAAGAGAAGAAGAGAAAAAGAGAAGAAGAUGAAGAAACUCAGCUUGAUAUUGUUGGAAUCUGGUGGACAGUAACGAACUUCGGUGAGAUUUCAGGAACCAUAGCAAUUGAAAUGGAUAAAGGAACCUACAUACAUGCACUUGACAAUGGACUUUUUACACUGGGAGCUCCACAUAAAGAAGUUGAUGAGGGCCCUAGUCCUCCAGAGCAGUUUACAGCUGUCAAAUUGUCUGAUUCCAGAAUUGCCCUGAAAUCUGGCUAUGGAAAAUACCUUGGGAUAAAUUCAGACGGACUUGUUGUUGGGCGUUCAGAUGCAAUUGGACCUAGAGAGCAGUGGGAACCCGUCUUUCAAGAUGGGAAAAUGGCUUUACUGGCCUCCAAUAGCUGUUUUAUUAGAUGCAAUGAAGCAGGUGAUAUAGAAGCAAAAAGUAAAACAGCAGGAGAAGAAGAAAUGAUAAAGAUCAGAUCCUGCGCUGAAAGAGAAACUAAGAAAAAAGAUGAUAUUCCAGAAGAAGACAAAGGAAAUGUCAAACAGUGUGAAAUCAAUUACGUAAAGAAAUUCCAGAGCUUCCAAGACCACAAGCUUAAAAUAAGUAAAGAAGACAGUAAAAUUCUGAAAAAGGCCCGGAAAGAUGGAUUCUUGCAUGAAACACUUCUGGACAGGAGAGCCAAAUUGAAAGCUGAUAGAUACUGCAAAUGACCAAGAUUUUUAUUUCUGUCUUCUCCUUUUGUUUUUUUCUGAAUAAUAAAAUCAGUGUUUUUACAGAA